AUGGACUUGCCAUAUCUAUUGUCGCUCGGUAUUCUUGGGCACAGGACCUGGCCAUGGAAUGCCGGGCAGACGACCCGCACAGUACAGAGUCCUGGUGGGGAGAACGCCCGCAACCUUGAGAUGUCCGAUGUCACCCCUGCUCAGCUGAAGGAGUGGGAAGAUCUUCAACUGCAUUUGCGGUCGUCUUUGCAGGACGUUGAUGAUACAGAGUGUGUCAUUGACGGGCUUAGGAGAGUUGGUGGUCUGGACAUCAGCUUCGAGGAUGGAACCAAUCGAGCCACAGCAGUCCUCGUUGUUUGCGAGUUUGAUAACGAUUGCCUGAAGCCAGUCUACGAAGAUGCGGUGGAUGUAGACAUGGCGUUGCCCUACAUUUCCGGUUUCCUUUUCCUGCGCGAAAUUCCCGCAUAUGAGCGAUUAUUGCAUCGUUUGCGGGAGAGUGCUCCCCACCUAGAACCUGAUGUUUUCUUGGUCGAUGGAUCUGGUCUGUUUCAUCCACGGCAGUGUGGCUCAGCGUCUCACUUCGGCAUCGUCCACGGCCUGCGCACCAUUGGAGUUGCUAAAAAACUACUAUGCUUCGAUGAUUUCACGCGGGAGCAGGGCCAGAUGGCAGAAGAGCACGUCCUGCAAAAUUUUGGGGACAGCAUCCCACUGAUUGGGAAAAGUGGUGUUACUUAUGGAUUCGCCGUUAGGACAUCGACUGCCAAACCUAAAGGGAACCAAGAUGCAAGCAUGCGGCGUUUGUAUGUGUCCAUUGGCCACCGAUUCUCACAAAGUACUGCCAGGGACGUGGUUCUGAAAUGCUGCAAUGUGGAGGGUGGUUCAUACAUCCCAGAACCUAUCCGAUUGGCAGACCUGACUGGAAGGGCCAUUGAAAGGGCUUGGAAACAGAUCCACACAACUUCGAAGCCUGCAGCCAGACAGAUGAUAAUGGAUGUGUCGAACCUUUUGGAUGACAAGCAGCGAAAGACAAUCCUCAGCAUUCUGGAUGAAGUCGGAGUUGGGCCGUGCGCAACCUUGGCCAGUGUCCCGGCAGAAAGCAUCAAGAGGAAACAAGCUACAAAAGACGAAUUGUUUCUGCCUUUCCAGGAGAUGGUCACAGAUGUGAUGGUGCCGGAGCUGCGUGCUGCUCUCCGGAUGGAAAAGCCAUGGGCCGUCCAAUUGAGAAAAGCUUCGCUUCGCUACCAACAAGCUGGCAAAGCAAUGCGAGCUGUUCUGAGUUGA